AUGUCAAAUCCUCCUGAAUCCCAGCCCAUUCUGGCCCCUUUGGCCAGAAUGGAGCUGGAUUUGGGAACAAACAUCCAAAUGGAACCGGUUCAAUGCGAUGAAGACGUAGAUGUUGGAACUUCGGCGGAUAAUAUUGCUCCUGUCGUCGAAAAUGAGGUCGCAAAAAAGAGAGUAGGUAUUUUGAAUAUUUUCCUUGAUGUUUAGAUGCUGUGAGAUCAAGAAAAAAAGAUUUACUUUGGUUUAGUGAUGUCAAACAUAGAGUUUUACGCCAUGGGUAAUAUAGGUAAAAUUACAGGCCAAUUUUGCAUUUAAUACUUGGCACAACACUAUGUUGAGGUUUGCAAUUGCUUCAUUUGCCGGAUUUUGAGAAAAGACAUUGCUUUUCGACCUCUUCUAAAAAUUGCUACCUAAAACAACAUAAAUUUUUGCUUUCGGAAUUGUUUCAGUGGGUUCUUUUGAAAUUCUUGAAUUUUCUGAUUCCAUUCAGAUUUCUGGAGCUGCACAGGUCAAUUUAGCUGAUUUCAAACCUAGAUUUUGAUCUGCUUUAUUGUUUUUGGCCCAGUACAAUAUCAGACAAAAAAUCUCCUCAAAAUUUUAAAAAACGCUAGAAGUACAUAUCUAUGACGUUCUUCUCUCUUCAGACCCGCUCAGUAGCAAAGCCUCAACGUCUUCUGGCCACCUUCAACUCUCAUGAAGCCUUUUCCGAGGCCUGGGAAGGAAUGAAGCGUGGAUUUCACCGAAAUUCAAAGACCUCAUCUCGAGAUUCCACCACCAUCUACUACAUUUGCUCCAAAAAGGACUGCGAGGUCCGGAGGACGGUGGUUAUCGGUCUGAACAAGGUGUUGGUCUUCGAAUCCGUUGAAGAACAUGUUAACCAUGACCGAAGAGAAGAUCUGGAUGCUGGAGCCGCCGCGGACGAGAUGAUCUAUUUUCCACAGGCUGUCGGUGAAAGUCCAGAGUCAGUAAGUUGUUUUUAUUUGUUGUUUUCGGAUUUUAGACAAGAACUGAGAGAAUUUUAUGUUAUCCAUGGCAAGUUUAAUCAAAUUUGCUUCCAGAAUGAUGUUAUUGUCGAAGUGGACGCGGGUUUUGAGCCGGAUAAGUUUGUUCUCGGUCGUAUCUUGUCCGGAGACGUGGAUUUGGACGAGGGCACUGGGAUUUUGAUGAAUUUAUUUCGAACUCAACGCCAGGAGGCAAGUACAAGUUACAAAGUGGUUGAAAACGUCGAGGAGUCGCCGAAAAAAGUGAGUAUUCUUCUUUGUUAAGCUGUUUUAGGAAGGAUUGAAGGAUUUGAAGGUGAAAUCCAUACAAUUUUUGAUAAAAUAAUAUAAUUUUAUCUAAAGUAAGGUAAAUUUUUGAUGGAAAAAUGGUUUCAGCGUCGCCCAAUCCGCAUGGACAACCGUCUCGUGGCCGAAUUCUCGAGCAGAGAGGAGUUUGAAGCAGCAUGGCCGGCUUUGAAACAAGGAUUUUCCCUCAACUCUUCGAUCAAGAGCAACGACAAUGUCCGAAGAGCGUAUUAUGUCUGCUCAAAGAGGGGAUGCAAAGUCAGGAGAACAGUGGAAUAUGAAGAAGACAAAAUUCGAGUUCUCGAGACGACUUUUGGCCAUCAGCACGAGCCUGAAAAGGAGACCGGACUCACGGAAGAGGUCAAGAAAAGAGUCGUGGAACUGUACGAACAGAAGUUCGCACCGCAGAGAAUCAUGGCCAUCUUGGAUGUACGUCAAUUUGGAGGGCUUUGAGGGAAAUUCGAGGGUUUAGCGGAAAAUCUGAGCUUUUUAUUAAUUAUAUCACUUUAGGUAGUUUUGAUCAAAUUUUGAUAUUUUUUUGGUGUUGAAAGGUAAUUUUAAGGUAAUUAUUAUUUUAUUUUUUAUAUACGGUUAAUAAUUCGUGAUUUGGUCACAGAGAUUCUUGGUUUUAACAAAAAAAAAAUUAAUUUUUUAUAUUAUUUUAGGUGUUUUUGGCCGAUUUUUUGAUGAAAACAGCUUAUUUUUGUUUGAUUUAUAGGUUCUAAGGGCAAUUUAGAGCUCUAACUACCUCUUUGAAGUAAUUUUCGACUAAAAAUUAUCGCAUUUUAGAGUGAUUACACCUCUGGCCAGCUGAAAACCAAGCCUCCGGAGAAGAAAAGAGUCAUCUCGGAUUUUCUCUACCGCCUUCACAGGCGGAAAUCAACUCCCUCCAAACGAUCUCGACUCGAAAAAUCGCAAGAUUCUACUGCAUAA